AUGGAUGAGGAGGAGCUAUUUCAACCACUCCGAGAACUAUUUGAUGAGGAGCAGACAACGCGUACAGGCAAGACGCAAAUUUCAUUUGAUAUGUGGGGUUCCUGUACACCUCGCAAUAUAUGCAAGAAAAUCCGUCGUACAGCCUGUCUAAAACCUUUUCACCGAGAACUUCUGCGUCAAUUUCUCGGUAUCUGUGUUGGUGCUGGUGUGGAGGUCUUUGUCUACGGUGGAACGGCCUUGGGCGUCUUUCGUGAAGGUGGACAGAUGAUUGCCUUCGACUACGACACUGACUUUGCCACACUCGAAUAUCCACAGGGGAGUGAGCUGUCCUCCGAGGGAAAUCUCUCCCGUUUGGCCAACUUUUGCCUCCGUGAACGGAGCGGUGUGAGAGUGGUCAAUGUUGAAGGCCCCCAAUAUGAACUUCCUCUCGAUGCCACAAUUCAAGUGGAUUUUCAAAAUUCCUUUUCCUCCACUCUCUGGCUUUUCACGAAUUCCAAGGGGAGCGUUUGCGAGCGAUCCUAUACAGGGUCAGGCUCCAAGCGUGCCAAAUUCUACUUCACUUCUCGUGGAUUGCGGGAGGCGGCCCAGAGAGUGGGGCGAGUAAAAUCGUCCGUAGUGGAGGAGCUUAAUAACGACCUCACCGAUAUCCACGUAGACUUGUUCACACUCUCACCGCAUCCCGACUCGCCUCAACAUCACCUUCGGGUCAACUGGCACAAGGGAGGCGUCUACGACUCAAUGAAUAAAAAAUUUUCAUGGAAUUUAUUCUUUCCCCUGAAAAAAGUAACUUUUGAGGGCCUAGAGGUUUUGGCUCCCUCUAAUUUGAAGGGAUAUCUCACUGAAGAGUACGGCUAUCUAGGUAGGGAUGCCAUGUAUGAUUCAGUGCGACAGCGCUAUAUCAAAAUACCGGAGCACCUGCGCGAUGCGCUGCCUCACUACUGUAGAAAGUACAUAUUAGAAUCCCCAUUUGAAAUGCAAUUUUCAUGA